GGAAAACUGAUCAUUCUGGCGACCCUCUUGUUGCUAGGCUUCUAUUUAGUGCUUUUGCGGCUUACCCAACUUCCGUUUAUGAGACGCACCUUUCAAGAUGCCAGAAUCUUCGAGAGGCCACGCAUUCGUUUGCAACAGAAUGGAGACUAUUGGAUCUAUCACGACUAUAUAGUGGCUUGGGGCUCGGAGUUCCAGGGAAAUCAAAGUGUGACCCUGACCACCCAUGGCAGGUACGACGACCUCAAGGAUCUGGAAUGGUUGAUGGUCCGCUGGCGAGCACCCAUUAGUGUGGCUGUCUUUGUGGGCCCGGAGGACUUUGAACCCACCUUGUAUACUUUCUACCAUCUGAAGUAUUGCUCGAUCUUUGGCGGCAGCUUUACAAACUGGGUGUCCGUGCAAUUGGUCCUUGACAAUGAACAUCUAACCGAUGAAGUGCGCAGAAUGCAGCCGAACCGCGAACGGGGCUUUAAAUGUCUUUCACCCGAGGAAAUGGAUGCCAAAUUCGUGCCCUCCACUGAGUAUAGUGAAAAAUGGAAGUAUCCCAUGAAUUUGCUCAAGAAUGUGGCCCGUCAGAAUGCCAGGACACAUUUUGUAUUUCCCCUGGAACUCAAUUUGCUGCCGACACGAAAUUUUGCUAAAACUUUUCUUCAAUUUGCACAGGAGGUGCAGCUGCCGAACCCCUUCCGAAGCGUCUUUUGUGUGCCCAUAUUACCCUAUAACAGUUAUACCCGAAACUCAAUGUAUCCUCCCAAAUACAAAUCAGAUCUACCCAGAUUUAUUCAGCCAUAUCUCAAUGGUUCCGAAUCUCUGACAGCCAUAGAGUACAAAAAAUUGAAAGGUCUUGAAAGGUGGCUUAACACUACCGUCCCGGAUGGCGAAAUGACCGUUUAUCGAGUGGGAAAAUCCCCAGAAAAUUGUGCCGCCUAUGUAAGCACUAAUUUCUAUGAGCCGCUCUACGAUCAGAGGUAUUUGGAUAAUCCCUACACAACGGACAGCGCAAGGCUGCAAGUCCUCUUCGGUCUGGACUUUGAUUUUGUGGUAAUGGAUGGUACCUUCUUAAUGCAUCGCCUGAACUUUAAUAUAUCGUCGGUCUAUAGGAGCAAACACGAAUAUAUGCCACCAAACGAGACACAAAUUCGAGAAAUGAUCAUGUUGAACGAACUUUUACCAAAAACAAUUCCCGAAGGUCCCUCUCGUUCCAUAUCCUCUCCAUAAGUAAGCUUAUAAUAAUGUAAAAUCAUAAGCACACAAAAUAUAUAAAUAAAUGGCACAAUUUAUUGUUACAAUGACAGUUAA